UUUAUUAUAAAGGACCACACUUUAAAGGAGCGAUUUAAGUCAAGCUCCACGUCAUAUUGCUACUGUAAUGUACACACGCAUGUCUAAUAUUUACGUUUAGAACAUUCUGAGCUACAUAGCUCUUAAAUAAAAGAGAUGUCAGUAAAGAAUUGCAGAAUAAAUAUACCGUAUUCACCACCACCAAUGGAAACUGAUGCAGACUAACGGGAUAACCACUCAAAUGUUUCUAGAUCACAUAACAAUGAACUAAGAUGCGGCGAAACCAUCAAACAUCAGUUAGAUAAAAUUAUAGUACACUGUACAAUCCAGACAACCCCGCAAAUUACUUCAGAAGUCAGAAUUUAUGAAAUCUAGGAGAUCAGCGUUUUCAAGGCAAGUUCAGCAUUGCUCCGUGUACGAUUCCAAGUAAAAAAUAUAAUCCAACGCAUCACACUCUUAAAAUAGCACAGACGUCGCCUAUAAAAUAUUAACCAUUUUCAACGAUCGUAAUCCACAGAGAAAAUAAAUACAAGCCAACCAUCCCUGUUUGGGAAAAGAAACCGUCAAAUACUGGACGAGCUCUUCCACUACUAGACAUCACUUCCGUUGCUUACGAGACCGGAAGUGCAGCCCCUUCGGGCCUGUCUAUCGCUCCGGUGAGACUCAAUAAACCGAAAUUCGGAUUUAUAUAUAUUCCUCAUCAAGGUAUAUGUAAAAUAAGAGACCUGCUCAGACUGAGGUUCUUGGUGGGUGAUGACGUUCACCAGUCUUUGGAUGUCUUCUGAUAAGAAUGUCAACAGAUGACAGGAGUCUUGAGACCUCCGAUCAAGGAAUACCUUCUGCUUCAUGUGCAGCAGUUGCUGCCCUUGGUAGCUCUGCUGGCACAGAUAAACAGUACCAAGACCAGUCUUGCAGAGAUGGAGCUUCUCCUUUCCAGAAGUCAUGGAAAAAGUCACAAACCAGAGAGACAUCAGCACUUCGGGAUGGUGAUAGCAUGGAUGGAGUGGAAUCUUCAGAACCCAAAAUUACUGUAAAGAAAGAAAACAGAGGGCCUGCUGUAGAGGAUGGAGGACUGCAAGAAGAAAAAGUAACUGAACCGUUAAUAUCUUCUGCUCAGAAUUCUGCACCAUCUACACUUCAUUGUUCUUUGUUGGAGGGAUCAACUGGCAGUGUAACUUCUGGUGUCUCCAUUGCCUCAGUUUCUCUAGAAGGAAAAAACAGGAGGCAUUUGUGUGCUUUAUGCUAUUGUGGGGAUCGGAGUUCUUUGGGACAGGGCGAAUUAAAACAAUUUGAUUUGGUACCAGAUGAAACAAGCAAAGAAAUCUUUGCCCAUGAAAACAUUUUGGCAUCCUGCAAGCAAAAAAGCCACACAAAGGAAGAAUUAUUGCAUAACAGCAAAUCCCCUUGUAGUCCAAGCACUCAAGCUGCUUCUGAACUGCUCCGCACAGGUUGUGAUGACCUCAGCCUGGUUGGCCUUCCUGACAACAUCAGUGUACAGAUGCUUUUUGAUCCUCCUGGUCACUUUUGGGUUCAUCAGCGUUGUGCAGAGUGGUCUGAAGAAGUCAGCCAAAAUGAAGACCAUGUGGUGGAACAUGUGGACAAAGCAGUUUUCUCAGGGAGCACUAAAUGUUGUACACAUUGUAAGCACCUUGGAGCCACCAUAAAAUGCUGUGAAGAGAGCUGUGAGCACCGAUAUCAUUACCCUUGUGCUGCAGGAGCUGGCACAUUUCAGGAUUUCAGUAGUUUUACACUGCUUUGUCCAGAACAUAUUGAUCAAGCUCUUGGAAGAUAUAAGGAUGAUGUUAAUUGUGCAGUUUGUGACAGCCCUGGAGACUUGUUAGAUCAGUUGUUUUGUACUAGCUGUGGUCAGCAUUAUCACGGAAUGUGCCUAGAUAUAUCAGUAACUUCACUGAAACGUGCUGGUUGGCAAUGUCCAGACUGCAAGAUUUGUCAGACUUGCAGGCAUUCAGGUGAUGACACUCAGAUGCUGGUUUGUGACACUUGUGAUAAGGGUUACCAUACUUACUGUCUUCAGCCUGUAAUGGAUUCUGUCCCUGCAAGUGCCUGGAGAUGCAGAAAUUGCAGAAUUUGUACAGAAUGUGGCACUCGGACCAGCAGUCACUGGCAUCACAAUUCUCUUUGUGAUGAAUGUUAUCAGCAACAGGAUACUCGCUUAGUUUGUCCACUUUGUGGAAAGGUCUACCACCCAGAAACACUGAAAAACAUGUUACAGUGUCAGAAGUGUAAAAGGUGGAUUCACUUGGACUGCGGCAAGAUCACAAGAACUGGAGAAACUUCUCAGUUAAAGGAAUACAUUUGUACAGUUUGUAAACCAUCAAAACUGGACCUCACACAGCCAUGUUCUACAAACCAAUCUUCUGAACUAGCCCUGGAACCUGAAACAGCAUCUUGCAUUAAUCAAAUGAAUACUGAAAGAAAAGCAGACCAUGAGGUGGAGGUUUCUCUUCAAGCUGAGAAAGAACAAUCAGCAGAACUUGGAUCUACACAAGAUCAAGAAACUGAUAAACUUGAACCUGACAUUUCUCAAUCAGUAGAAACCAGCAGUACACAAAUUAAGCAGACCGAAACAGUAGACAGUUCAGAUGUGAAUGUUACACAGGUGACCAUAACAGAUGAAAUGCUGAGGUUGCAGCAAGAAGAGAGUGAACAAACUGUGAAACAAGAUGACAGUGUCCUAGAAGUGGAAGUAAAGAAAUCAGAUGUUGUAGAAGUUAAUUUAGCAAAAGUUGCACAUCCUGCCCAGGAGACUGGUGAAAAGGUAGGCAUUUCAGUGUCUGUUGAAGAUGACUAUACAGAAAAGAUGGACUGUGAGAUCUCCCCAAGGUCAGCAUGCAGUGUCCAUGCAGAGAUGGAAACCACCAGUGAAACCUCUUCAAAAAUGGAUUCACCAACAGAACUUUACACUUUCAAACAGUCAAGUGAAUCAAGUCCAACAUUAACUAUAUCAACUGAUAGUAACAAAACUGUUGUAUCACCACCCUUUAUUGCAUCGGGAUUUCUUUCUCCAUAUAGCUGGUCUCCCAGUGCAUCUGUUACUCUAAGCAUUUGUACAACUAAUGCUUCUACACCGUCUCACGUAUACACAACACCAAAAAUUGGAAUGGGAAAACCAGCUAUCAGCAAGAGGAAAUUUUCUCCUGGAAGGCCUAGGGUGAAACAGGGGGCUUGCAGUACUUCUAAUGCCAUGAGCCUGUUUUCCUGGUCUCCAGGCAGUUCUGAUGGUUUGGAUACUUUAAAAGCCAGACAGCCUUUCAACAGUACCAUUUGGAGCAUCAAAGUGGGACGUGGGUCUGGUUUCCCAGGAAGGAGGAGACCACGUGGUUCUAGUCUCUCCGGUCGAGGAGGCAGAGGCAGAUCUAAAUGGAAGAGUGGCAUCGGGGCUUUUAUUACUCCAGGAGUUAGUGUCUUAAAUGUACCACUGUACAAAGAAGAGGAGGAAACCAUUAUGCGUAAUACAGUUGUCCUUUUCUCCAGCAAUGACAGAUUUACUUCACAACAGGAUAUGUGUCUUGUUUGUGGAAGUUUUGGUAAAGGAGCUGAAGGAAGGUUUAUCUCAUGCUCUCAAUGUGGCCAGUGUUACCAUCCUUACUGUGUCAAUAUUAAGAUUACUAAGGUUAUACUUAGCAAAGGAUGGCGCUGCCUGGAGUGCACAGUGUGUGAAGCCUGUGGGAAUGCCACAGAUCCUGCACGACUGCUGCUUUGCGAUGACUGCGAUAUUAGUUACCACACUUACUGUCUGGAUCCACCAUUACAGACUGUCCCAAAGGGAGGCUGGAAGUGCAAAUGAUGGAUUCAUUCCCGCUGCCAAGAUCUUAAUACUGAGGAGGAACUAGAAAAUGCUGCUGAAGGUGGUCUUGACUGCACCUUUUGUAGGCCCUAUCUGACACCAACUCAUGUGACACCUUCAGAUGACUGUGAAGUAUCAGUUGUACCACAAGUUGUUGCAAAAGCAAAAGACCCUGAUCCACCAAGAAUGUAUACCCAAGAUGGAGUCUGUUUGACUGAGUUGGGGAUGAAUCACUUACAGCGUAUAACAGUCACAAUACCACGCAAAAAACGGCCAAAACCAAAGUUGAAAUUAAAAAUAAUAAAUCAGAAUAGUGUGGCUGUAUUGCAAACUCCACCUGAUUUUCAGUCUGAACACUCGCGAGAUGGGGAUAUGGAUGACAGCAGAGAAGGUGACCUUAUGGAUGGUGAUGGAAAAUCUGAUUCUAGUCUAGAACGGGAGGCCCCAGAAGCUGAAUCUAAAAGAGAUGAAGGAACUAAUGAGAUAAAAAAGAGGAAAAGAAAACCUUAUCGACCUGGAAUUGGAGGAUUUAUGGUUCGUCAGAGAAGCCGCACUGGACAAGGUAAAACUAAGCGACUGCUGUCAUGGAAGGACUCAUCUGGCUCUGUGCCUGAACAAAUAACAGGGUGGACAGAGCGGUUGCCAGAUGCACCAUUUGAUGACUCUGCACUUAAAUCGGAAAGUCCUGAGAAGAAUAAGAAACGUUACAGAAAAAAGAAGAAUAAAUUGGGGGAAAUGUUUCCAGUCUAUCUGCAGGAGGCCUUUUUUGGGAAAGAAUUACUGGACACAAGCAAACAAAACAGUCUCACAUCAGACACUUUAUCAGAGUCCUUUCAUCUCACAAACAAAUCUGCAAAUGUAAAGUCAUCUUUGUUGGAUCCAUCUUCUGACCCACUUCUCAGUGCAGCUACUGCUUUGGGACCAGCUAGUCAUGACAAGCAAGGUGACCAUUCAGAAGUGUCGAACACAGAGGAAGACUUCCUUGGAAUCUUUUCAAAUGAAGUGGUGAAAUCUGGUAAAGGUUCAGCUACACUAGAUAUAGGCCCAGUCUCUGACGAUUCACCUUCUACGAUCCCACCAGCUGGAGUUCAGACUACGCGCCCUUUAUGCGAACAGCUUGAUGGAAUUCUUAGUCCUGAACUUGACAAGAUAGUUACAGAUGGUGCAGUAUUGGGAAAGAUGUAUAAAAUUCCAGAACUGGAAGGGAAGGAUGUUGAGGAACUGUUCACUGCUGUGUUGAGUCCAACAGCCACUCAGCCUCCACCACUACCGCAGCCACCACAUCCGAUGUUGCCAGUACAAAAUCAAGGAGACCCAGUUUUUCCAAGGCUACCUUUGAUGAAUGGUGUAGUGGGACCAAAUUCACACCUAGUAGUUACCUCUAUGACAACAGGAGGAAGGACGUGCUUGACAAACUCAUUCUCUUCUAUAUCAUCAGCAUCAUCAUCCUUUCUGAACAGCAGGGAAAAGAAUCCAGCUUUCAGUCCAUUGGUUAAUGACCCAAAUAACACAUGGACAGCACCUGCUCCCGUUGUAGACGGUGAAUCAGACACUAUGUCUAGUGCCCAAAGAAGCACUUUGAAGUGGGAAAAGGAAGAGGCUCUUGGAGAAAUGGCAACAGUAGCUCCUGUUUUAUAUACAAAUGUAAAAUUUCCCAACCUCAAAGAGGACUUUCCUGAUUGGUCUACAAGGGUGAAACAGAUUGCUAAACUUUGGAGAAAAGCCAGCUCGCAGGAACGGGCUCCUUUUGUGCAAAAAGCCAGAGAUAAUCGAGCAGCCCUCCGUAUCAAUAAGGUCCAGAUGUCCAGUGAUACAAUGAAAAGGCAACAGCACCAAGACAACACAGAUCAAAGCACUCGCUUGGACUCUGAACUUUUCAGAGAUCCACUUAAGCAGAAGGAAUCAGAACAUGAACAGGAGUGGAAGUUUAGACAGCAAAUGCGACAGAAGAGUAAACAACAAGCCAAAAUAGAAGCCACACAGAAGCUGGAACAGGUAAAGAAUGAACAACAGCAGCAACAACAGUUUAGUGCUCAGUCAUUCCUGAAUAAUUCUGGAGAUUCACCAAACACUAGUGUGCAUAGCCCUCUAUCAACUCGGCAGGGGGAUGGCAGCAUGUCUCCAGCACAGCAGACAUCACAUAAAGACAUGUUCGUAAAACAUCAACUUUCCAGUACCCCUACAUCAUCUGGAGAUGUGUUUCUAAAGCCUCAGGCACCACCUCCAACACCUACAAGAAUAUCAGGACUAGAUCACAUUCCUCAGUCACAGAAUUCACAACCACAGUCACCUCAGAUGUUUUCUCCUGGUUCCAGUAGCUCAAGGUCAUCCUCCCCUUUAGAUGUAAAUGUUAAGAUGAUGGCAACGACACAUCAACAGCUAGCAGGGCAAAGCUUUGUAAGAAGAAAUUCAUGUUCUCCAGUGGAUCCAUGCACUCCUCCAUCUGCUGUAUCCAUACCCACGCAAGUCACUGAACGUGUUGGCAGUAGCAGACCUUCUCCAGUUAGAGAUUCAUUUGGUUCACCUAAAACAGGUGACUCUUGUGCAAAGCCUUCUGAUGCCUCUAGACCAGUUAUGCUUCCAGAUAAAUUUCCAAAGCCACUGGAGAUUCCAGGGGCACAUUUUAAUGUGGAACCACCAUCUGUUGCUGCUGUUGGUAAUUCAUUCAGUGUACUGCCUUCCAGAACUGAUAUAUUUCAGAGACAACAAAUGCCUUCUAACAUUGUAGUUUCUCCAGACUCACUCACAAGAAUUUCUUUGGUACCUGAAAUAGGCCUUGGACAUUUUAAAACUCUCAUGCAUCCACCUGACUCCGUGAAAGAUACUUAUACCUCAGUGCCUCCUACACCAAGACGUAUGUCUGUGGAUUCCUAUGAAAACUCUGUUUCAGCACCCAGGCAGGCUGACCCCUUUACACAGAACAGUUCAGCUGAUCCAUAUAUCCAAGCUUGUGUCCCUUCCCACACUGUAGUAAAUGAAUCUGUUGUUCAGCCACAGAGAGUAAUUCAGCCUGCACAGAAUGACUGUCUUACUCAGUCAGGGCAGGUUUCUAGGGCCUUUACACAGGAUUCUUGCUCUCAGUCUUCUGGUAAUUCUCAGACUGUUGCUGAUCCUUAUGUACAGCUCCAGCAUACUCCUAGGUUGUCUUCAGUUGAUUCAUAUUCUCACCAUUCACCAGCAUCAAGGCCAUCAGCACAGCCAUUAGAUCCCUAUGCUCAGCCUUCCCUUACUUCUAGAUUUGCUAUGGGGGAACAGUUUAUGCAGUCAUCAGUAAACCACAGACUUGCUGAACCAAAUCUUCAGUCACAUGGUACAUCGAGAGCAAUUGCUAAUGAUCGUUUUACACCAGCUUCAGCAACUUCAAAGUCUGGAAUUUCAGAACCUUACAGUAGACCAGUUAUCUCUAGACCCAGUGCAAUCCCAGAUCAGAAUGCUUUUUUGCAGGUGGUACAAGGUAGUGAUUCACAUUUGCAAGAUACAUUUGUCAGACCAGCAGAUCUGUGUCCUCAGACUCUAAGACCAGCAGGAUCAACUACUUCAGAUGCACUUAAUCAGGUUUCACAAACACCCACCCAUGAUUCCUAUGACCAUCGUAGAAGAACUUCUCAACAUCAGUCUGGUGAUGAUUUUGUUUCUGUUCAUCUUGCUAAUGAUGCCGAUGAUCAGAAAGGAACAUGUUCGGAGAUGGACUGUGGAACAUCCAGUUCACCACUGAAUUCACAAGGACAGCAGUUUACAUAUUCAGCCCAAGUACCUGGAUCUGCAGUGUCUGGAAUUGUGUCUGAUACACAAAGUCUUGUAUCUCAGGCAGACACAGAGGAAAAAUUUAGACAGCGCCAGAAGAUACGUGAACUUAUCCUUCGCCAACACCAACAAAAAAAGUCUGGGCGUCUUGAAAAAGAACCAAUGGUGUCAUCUUCAGCAGGACCUGUUCAGCAAUGGCAACAGGAAGAUUUGAACAGACUGAAUGAACCAUAUAACAGACCUCCUCCACCUUACCCUGGAAGCAUAAGAACUGCUCUUGUUGCUCCAGGAAGUCAGAGGUUUUCAUUAUUUCAAAAGGAUUUAUAUGCCACUUUUGCUGUUGAUGGACAGUUUAGUAGGCCACAUUUCCCAGGUAAUAUUGUCACCAUGGGACCAAGACCACCGGGAUUUAGGUAUGCCUUUCCAGCUCAUGGCCCAGGGCCAGAAUGCUUUCAUGGACCACCACAGCAGAUGCAAGGCACAGGGCUUCCACAGCAGCUAAAGAGACCAAUAUCUGUAGACACAUCUGGGUCAUUAAGUAAUCCACAAGUAAAUAAUCACUUUGGAAUUCCUUCACAUUAUCCACCUCAGGGCAUAACAUUGCAGCAGCACAAUAUACAGGGGCAACCAUUUAUCGAGCUACGGCACAGACCUAUUGAUAGACCAAGAUUUCCUUUCACAACAUCCACUAAUGCAGCAGACCCAGCCUGUCAGCAGCAGAAAGUUGAAGGCUUUAUUAUUGAACAGAAUCUAAGGUUCCCCAGUAAUCUAGGAAUGAGACCUAUUGAUACAGUUAUGAAGCAACAGCUACAAGAUGGAAAUAGUGAAAUGCAUGUGCCUUCUAACAUAGGACAUCUUCCUCAGCAUAGAUUACAAAUUCAUGCUGAUCAUCAGCCAGUAACUCAGUCACCUUCUCUGAGUCAUCCACUGGGUGAUUCUGUUAUUACUGCACUGCCAGCAGCACCUUCUGCUGCUUCUUCUGACACCAUUGAUGAUUUGCCCAUUUCCAGUGAGGAAACAGAUGAUCUAGAGGAAAAACUUGAUCACGUGAAAGAUUUAGAUGAUGUUAAAGAUCUUGAUGGUGUAGAAGUUAAAGAUUUAGAUGAUGAAGAUCUUGACAAUUUAAAUUUGGAUCCAGAAGAUGAAAAGGGGGAUGAUCUGGAUAACUUGGACAGUCUAGAAACAAAUGACCCCCACUUGGAUGUUUUUUUAGCAGCUGGAGAGUUUGACAUCAUUGCAUAUACUACAGAUCCAGAUCUCGAUUUGACUGACAAAAAAGAUAUGUUUAGUGAAGAGUUAGAUCUUCAUGACCCUGUGAAUGAUAGCAUAGGUAAUCAAAUAACAUCUGAAGAGAAGAAAGAACAAGUAAAUGAGACUGCUAUUUCACCAAAAGCAGUAUGUAACUCAAAAGAUAUCUUGUCAAAGGGUUCAAACUCUUCAACUUCAUCUGCAAAUUUACACGACAUUGAACAGAUGGAAAAUGGCAACUGUAGCAUGGGUGUUUGUCCAGUAAGUGAGAGUGGUUCUGCUGAAACCGAACUAAAUGGCAAAAAAGCUCUUGUGAAGUCCUCUGAGCAGAACAUCCAGGACGAAUCAGCUGCUCAUGAAGACGCUGCUGAUUCCACUGUAAAGAAUGUUUUGAGGUCAUCGCCAAUACAUGGACAAGACAAAACCAGUCCUUGUAAUCUUUCUACAUCUUCCCCAUUGCUAUCAGGCUUGGAGUGCAGUGAAAAAGCUGAUCAGUCUGUAAAUGAACCAUUAAAUUCACCAUCUCAGGUUUUGACAUCUGCACAUUCUAAUCAUGUCUCAGGAACCCCACAAGCUUCAAACUCUGUGGUAUCCCCAGAACAAAUUACAGACCGUACAGUUACUCCAGAGUUGUCUGUAGGUCCAGGACUUGACCAUAGCUUCUCACAGGCAGCAGAUAUUAAUUCAAGUUUUUCUCAAGAGCAGCCAUCAAGCCACGGAUUUGGUGUGCAGGCUGUUUCUCAGGAUGUGUCAGUUUCAAAUAUACAAGGUCAGAUAGAUGCAUCAGUUUCCCAACAUAUAUCUUUUCCUCAAGCUAUAGGCCAGACAAACAGAGAGAGACCUCUGUUGCUGGAGGAGCAGCCAUUACUUCUGCAAGAUCUUUUGGAUCAGGAGAGGCAAGAACAGCAGCAACAAAGGCAGAUGCAAGCAAUGAUUCGUCAACGUUCAGAGCCAUUUUUUCCAAACAUUGAUUUUGAUGCAAUCACUGAUCCUAUAAUGAAGGCAAAGAUGGUGGCUUUACAAGGAAUUAACAAAGUAAUGGCUCAAAAUAACAUGCCAACUGUGGUAAUAAAUAGCAGGUUUCCAUUUGUGUCUCAACAAAUGCCUGGGCCUCCACCUGGAGAAGAACUUGUUGACAUUCAGGGAACUGGGCAGGAUGGAUGUUUUCCACAACAGAUUGCAAGACCUAAUCCUCCAAGUUUUGGUCCAGGAUUUGUCAAUGAUGCCCAGAGAAAACAAUAUGAAGAGUGGCUGCAAGAAACUCAGCAGCUUCUUCAGAUGCAGCAGAAGUUUCUUGAAGAACAAAUUGGUGUGCACAGAAAGUCUAAAAAGGCACUUUCUGCCAAACAGCGCACUGCUAAAAAGGCCGGGCGUGAAUUUCCAGAGGAAGAUGCAGAGCAGCUGAAGCACGUAACAGAACAGCAAAGCAUGGUUCAAAAACAGCUUGAACAGAUUCGAAAACAACAGAAAGAACAUGCAGAACUUAUUGAGGAGUACAGAAUUAAACACCCAACAUUGUGUGGAAUGGCAUCUACUCCUGCAAUUCAGGCUCAGGCAUCAGUAAUUGCAGGAAGUCAACCUCAAGUCAUAAACCAACAUAACUUCCCUUUGAUACCACAGCAACAGCAUAUUACUGUAAUACCUGGAAAGGCUAAUCCUCCUAGAAUGCCUGGUUUAACAGUAUGGCAGCCUCCAAAUGUUGCUUCUUCACAUAUUCCUGUGGUUACCCAAAGGAUUCCAGUUAAUGCAUCACAGAUGUCAGUAAACUGUGCCACUACUGCUUCUGGGGCAAAUGUCAUUUCAAAUGCCCAGUCCAAUGUUCCACCAGUAGUAGAGUUUGAGGAUAAUAACCCUUUCAGUGAAGGCUUUCAAGAACGUGAACGCAAAGAACGUUUACGGGAGCAGCAGGAAAGGCAAAGAAUUCAGCUUAUGCAAGAAGUGGAUCGGCAGCGUGCAUUACAACAAAGACUUGAGAUGGAACAGCACCAACAACAAGGCAUUAUGGGGAAUGACUUGAAUCAGAUGUCAUUGAAUGAUCCCCUUUUUAAUCCUGGUUUGGCACAAGAUUUCAGUCAUUCUGCUAGAACCGAUUUGCAGCAACCAACUGGACAGUUAUUAUCACAACAAAACUUACAAGGAUUUAGUCCGCCUUCUACUACACUUGCUCAGGGUGGAGAACAAAGGUCUAUAAGAUUGUCAAUAUAUGGCCCAGAGACUAAUGUAGACUCUAGUAUGCGUAUCAACUCCCAUGUUGCAAAACAGAUCCCUAGAAAUAUUUCAGGUUCAGGCUUUAUUCACGGCCAGCAAAGGUCUUCGUUUAAUACUGCUUUGCCACAUGGUACUGUAGAUGGAGCUGUGGUUAUCCAGGACUCAGUAAAGGCCCUUCCACCAGGUUGUCCUGAUCCAAGUCAGUCAUUUACUCACUUAUAUUCAAACAUUAUUCCAGAAGAAAAAUGCAAAAAGAAGAAGACCAAAAGAAAGAAAAAGGAUGAAGAUGGUGAUUCCAUAAAGACUCCAUCCACUCCACAUUCUGACAUUACUGCUCCACCAACUCCCAGCAUUUGUGAAUCUGUCUCUUUAGAAGUUAACAAUCCUGGAGAUCGCAUGGUUCCUCGAGGAAAAUCAGAAUUUUCAGGGUCACCAUUAACGCCUACCACUAAAGCAAACCGUUCUUCAUUAGAACAUGAAUGUCUGCCUUCUGACAUUGAUAAACAGCAUUUAGUACAGUCCACUGUAAAUUCUGAUCCAUGCCAAUAUCAGACAAAAGAUUUUAGUGACAUGCAUAAAGUUAAAGUAGAACAAGAGGAAACAACUCCAUGCCAAAGUCAUAUUGCCUCUGUGGUAGGUACUCAAAGCAAAAUAAAGCCAGAAGAUAAAAAUGUGGUUCCACACAAUUCUUUUUUUAUUGGACAAAGUCCAAGUACUCUACAGGAGUCAAAGACUGAGUUAGGGAAUGAACUUUUAAAACACUUGUUGAAAUAUAAAAAUGAGUCAGAUCUUCCUCACCAAAAAUCAGGAGAGAGUAUACUAUCAAUGGAUGAUGGCUGUCUUGAAGGCAAAGUACCAGAACAGCAAAACGAAUUUGACAUGGUACAGGACACUCACAUUUGUAAUGUUGGCCUGCAAAAGUCUAAUGGAGAGCAAGACAGAAAGAAAACCAGAAACAAGAGAGUUCAAAAUACUGGAGAGAAAACACUGUCUCGUUAUAAAAAGAAGAAAAAAGAAGAGGAGGAAAGACUUUCUAUGUACUCCAGUGCAGACACUUUGAGACAGUUAAAACAGCAACUUUGCCUGCUUCCCCUAGUGGAGCCAAUCAUUGAAGUAAACUUUGCACAUUUCGCUCCUUUUGGCAGUGACCAUCUUAAUGGUGAUAGCAGGUUAACAGGAAAAUUUGGCAGUGCCACUCUUGAUGGGGCUUCCGAUUACUACUCUCAGUUAAUCUACAAGCAGAACAAUUUGAGUAACCCUCCAACACCACCAGCUUCUCUUCCUCCAACUCCACCACCUAUGGCUCGACAGAAAAUGGUAAAUGGAUUUGCAACAACAGACGAGUUAACUGGUAGACCCGGUAUAUUAGGGCAUGAUGUGUCUAAAGCUUUUGUGCACAGGCCAUUCCAUUUACCUUUUCGACCAGAUGAUGACUUGCUGGCAAAAGCUAUGGCCCAAGGGCAUAAAACAGUUGAUGUUCCUGCAUCUCUUCCAACUCCACCACAUAACAAUCUUGAGGAGCUAAGAGGGCAGGAUCACUGUGAUGACCGUGAUACCCCUGACAGUUAUGUGCCUUCUUCUUCUCCUGAAAGUGUAGUAGGAAUGGAAAUAAAUCGAUACCCAGACCUGUCAUUGGUGAAAGAAGAGCCCCCAGACCCUGCCUCAUCCCCUGUGAUUCCUAUUCUGCCAAGUUCUACAGGCAAAGGUUCCCAAGCACAGCACAACAUUAAAAUGGAAUCUGCUUCAAGAACGUUCAAGUUUGGAUCUCCUUUUGGACAGCCAACAGACAGCCCUCAUGCAGGUCUUAUCUCUGUAGCACUUACACUGAAUCCUUCAGCUUCUGAGAAUAUAAAUGAAGUCGUGGCAGCAGUGGCUGAACUUCUCCAUGUCAAAAUUCCUAACAGCUAUGAAGUUAGUGACAUCUUGGAAACUCCCACACUAACAUUGUUGAAACAGCAGCGAAUAAGUCAGGGCCUGGAAAGCAGAUCGCAUUUGUUGAUAAAUGGUGCUCACGUGCGACCAGCUGGAUCACUCAAAUUUGCUGGAUGCUCAAGUUUUACACAACCUCCUUUUCGUUUUCCAUCAACUGGCUGUGGUGCAACGUUUGGUAAAAACAAUCACCAGAGUGUUCCUGGAAGUCCGAUACACAAACCUCAGUGGUGUUGCCAGUGCAAGGUUGUCAUCUUGGGCAGUGGUGUACGGAAAUCCAUCAAAGAUUUGCCUUCCUUUAAACAGGACCCUUCAGAGAGCAGAAACAAAGCAGAGAAUAAUUUGGUCUUUUGUAGUAACAACUGUUUUGUUCUUUAUUCUGUAUCUUCACGACUUAAAACCUCAGAUAAUAAGGAUAAUGUAAUGCCUUUAUUGCUGGAGUCACCAGAGAAAGACCCACUACCCAAAGUAUUUCAUCAAUAUAGUAACAACACUUCUAGCAUGGAUGUCCAUUGCCUUCCUCGACUAAAGGAAAAGGUUUCUCCACCGUCAACACCACCUGUCACUUUUCCAACUGCCUCUUUUGGCAUUGCAAAAACUGAGGUUAAAACUGAUGAAUUAAAGGUUACUGUAAAGCUAAAACCUAGACCAAGGACAGUGCAAAGUGGUUUAGAUGAGUACAGUCCUGCAAUAAAAAAGUGCAAAGGCAUGCGAUGGAUGAAAUGGAAUGUCCAAAUUGUGAUUCCAAAAGCAACAUUUAAGCCUCCUUGUGACAUUGAGAUUGAUGCACUCCUUAAAAAACUAGGCACAUCCAUAAGACCUCAACCAGUACCCAGAGACUGUAGGAAGUGUUGCUUUUGCCAUGAAGAAGGAGAUGGACUUACAGAUGGUCCAGCAAGACUUCUUAAUCUUGAUUUAGAUAUUUGGGUACAUCUUAACUGUGCUCUUUGGUCUACAGAAGUUUAUGAGACACAGUCUGGUGCUUUGAUCAACGUAGAACUAGCACUGCGGAGAGGACUGCAUAUGAAAUGUGUCUUUUGUCAUAAAAUAGGAGCCACCAGCAGCUGCCAUAGGUUAAGAUGCACCAAUGUUUAUCACUUUACAUGUGCCUUCAAAGCACAGUGCAUGUUUUUCAAAGAUAAGACAAUGCUUUGCCCUUUACAUAAGCCGAAAGGUUGUCAUGAGCAAGAACUGAAUUAUUUUGCAGUCUUUAGGCGAGUCUAUAUCCAGCGUGAUGAAGUGAGACAAAUUGCCAGCAUUGUGCAGAGAGGUGAGAGAGACCAUACUUUUCGUGUGGGAAGUCUUAUAUUCCAUUCUAUUGGACAGUUACUGCCACAUCAGAUGCAGGCCUUCCAUAGCUCAACAGCACUUUUUCCUGUGGGCUAUGAGGCCAGUCGACUGUAUUGGAGUAUGCGCUAUAUUAAUAGGAGGUGCCGGUACCUUUGUGGCAUUGAAGAGAAAGAUGGUCUCCCUGAAUUUGUGAUUAAAGUAAUUGAACAAGGUCAUGAAGAUUUGAUCCUUAAAGAUACUUCACCAAAAGGAGUUUGGGAUAAAAUCCUUGAACCUAUUGCUGAAUUACGGAAAGAUUCCAGUAUCCUAAAGCUCUUUCCUGUGUAUAUCAAAGGAGAAGACCUCUUUGGCUUAACUGUUCCUGCAGUUGCGAGGAUUGCUGAGUCGCUCCCUGGGGUGGAAACAUGUGGAAAUUAUACCUUCAGGUAUGGUCGGAACCCACUGAUGGAGUCACCUGUUGCAGUCAAUCCCACAGGAAGUGCACGCUCUGAGCCAAAAAUGAAUAACCAUGUCAAGAGGUUUGUGUUGAGGUCUCAUACACUGAAUAGCACUAGCACAUCCAAGUCAUUUCAGAGUACAGUCACCGGAGAGUUAAGUGCACCCUACAGCAAGCAGUUUGUUCAUUCCAAGUCCUCCCAGUAUCGGAAAAUGAAGAGUGAAUGGAAGUCCAAUGUUUAUCUGGCUCGAUCUCACAUCCAGGGUUUGGGACUUUUUGCUGCUAGAGACAUAGAGAAACACACAAUGGUGAUUGAAUAUAUUGGGACAGUGAUUCGCAAUGAGGUAGCCAACAGGAAAGAGAAACUUUAUGAAUCUCAGAACCGUGGUGUGUACAUGUUUCGAAUUGAUAAUGAACAUGUUAUUGAUGCCACUCUGACUGGAGGUCCUGCAAGGUACAUUAAUCAUUCCUGUGCCCCAAACUGUGUGGCUGAAGUUGUAGCCUUUGAGAAGGGGCAUAAAAUUAUCAUUAGUUCCAACAGGAGGAUUCAGAAAGGAGAGGAGCUAUGUUAUGACUAUAAAUUUGACUUUGAAGAUGACCAGCACAAGAUCCCUUGUCACUGUGGAGCUCUAAACUGCCGGAAAUGGAUGAAUUAAUGCAUUCCUUGCUGGUUCUGGGGGUUACAUUGUCCCUAGAAUGAACAGAUUGUGUAAAACAAGAACACAAACGUAAAGAGUCUGUGUUGGAAAUGGAAUCAUUUCCUGAAGAUUUGAACUCGUUUUAAUUAAAACAUCUGAAGAGAAGUGAGAGUGAGUUGAGAAGCUAGUUGCACAUUAAAAAGUAAAUUGAGCACAGAUUGGUCCAGCGCUACUGUUUUAUGUUGACUGAUGAAAAACGGUUUUACUGGGCAAGGAAUCUAUGGUUGACCUACUUACUGUGUGGGUGGGCACUUAUGAAUGUAGAACUGAAAUCACCAGCGAAAUAAAAGGGGAAAUCCAAAGUGCUGGCCACAGCCUUAUUUGAAAAGGGGCAGGCCCUCUAGUUAAAGUAAAAUUAAGUAGACACCACUGAACAAGGAAUGUACUGAGAUGACUUCCUUAGGAGUAGAGCUAAGGGAAAUAACUUGCACUAAAUACAUUAAAAUACUUGAUUCCAUGAGUCAGUUUAUUGUAGUUUUUUUUGAUUUCUGUAUAAAAGAGAACAUUUUGUAUUUAUUAUUGGAUAAGUGAAUGAAGCUAUUUUUGAAACAAAAGUUAGAAGAAAGCCAAGCUGCUGCUGUUACUUGCAGAAUUAACCCUGUUACUUUGUACAGAUUGUAAAUAUUGUGAAUUAAGAAAGUAUAAAAUAGAUAUUGACCAAAUGCUACCUGACAUUGCAACUGUUUGGGUGCUUUUUUUUUGUUUUUUUUUUUUGUUUUUUUUUUUUUUUGAAAUCUUAAUAGGGGUGCUGCAAUAUACUUUCUCAGACUUUGGACAGCACCAUAACUUUGUAAUGAAUUGAGUAAGCUGAUAUUGGUUUACUGAUUUUCUUUGUAAUAAUCAUGUUGCUCAUGAAGAUUUUUUUAUUGCACAGUAGAAAGUACACUUGUAAUUUAUAUAGGCAUUUGUGGUAUUAUGUUAUAUAUUAGUAUGAAUUUCAGUCCUGUGAUUACCUUAAUUAGAUUAAUAUUGUAGCAUCCCUAUUUCCCAAAGUCAGGAUUUUAUGCUCAUAAUUUGUAACAACUGUGAAUAACCAUUACAGCCACCAAAAGGAGGCUAAUGCAGCCUCCAAAACUGUAUGGUAAUUAGGUCACUGUUCAGUCUGCUUCAUAUCAAGAAAGUUUCAGUAAUGUCAUAGGAGCUUGUGUCACUAAAGAUGGCUUUUAUUUUUAACAGUGAAAACCAUUGCGAGGUAGAAUUAUGCUUUUUUUUUGCAGCAGGACUCUGGCAUAAGAGUUUUGAAUAAAGAAGAAAAUGUAAUUUAUAAAGUGUUUGUAUGGAUUGUUUUUGUUUACAUCUCUAGAAACACUUUUGUGUUAUAGAAUCGUUAACAGUUUGCAUUUUGAACCAGGUUAACUUUUUAUUUUGUACUUAAAUUCUGGUACUGACACUUCACAGACAGAUAUGAAAUGAAGUGUUUUUGUGUCUGCACAGUUUCAGUGGACUGUAAACGUUUCCCCUUUUCAACAAUACAGUCUUGAACGUGUAAUGUAUAUGGCAUGAUGUAUUUUUUACCUAAAAGAAGAAAUGAAUUGUAUAUAUAUUUUUCUCUUGGUAAAUAGUUGUAUGAAAAUUGUUUCUUUGAUAUUUUUCUCUUCUCUUGUAUAUUAUUCCAACAUCAUACCAGUAUUUGUCUACAGAUUUCUUUUGUCUUGUAUGAUACUAUCUAAUGUUGGAAAAUGAAACCUUUUGAAGUAUACAGAGUGUUAUGGGUUUUGGACUUUGUGGAAACAGAUUUAGAUUAUAAACAUUUACAAAAUAAAAUAUUUUACAUUUAUGAAA